UGGCGAUAUUUUUCACUACGGAUGGAGUUGCAAAUAUUCCAUUUCUUUUUCGGUAUUAAACGGUCAUGUUUUUUGUUGUUUGUUUGAAGAAACACGAAAGCAAAAGAACAAUGUUUGGGACAAGUGGUUUAUGAUUUGUACUGCGUCAAAAGAGGCCCUGUUGUACGCUACGAGCACAACGAAGGGCGAGCUGGCUAUUUUUUUUUCCAUCAUGGCGGGAGAGGAGGAAAAGCAUCAAAAAUGGGAAACUUGGAUUGAAUUAGACGCGGAAUCAAGACGCUGUGGGCCAGUGCUGGCACCGCUAUAUAUAUCACGGCAUGAUUUCUUCUACUACAUAUUAGCUUUUUUAGUUUUAGCACCCUCUCUUCUUCUUCUUUGUCUUGUUAGUUUUCACAUAUAACAAUAGAUUUGCCGUUAUGCCUUGGCAACCUCGCUUCGUUUGCACUUUUGAUUGAUGGCUGGCUGUUU